AUGUUUGUUUGUAUUCAGGACAAUGUGCCCGCGCAAGCACCAACAGAGACAGUCCGUGCAGGUGCAACACUCGACUAUUUGCGCGUAAGCUCUCAUUAUCUGUGCUGUAUCGAGCACCACGUAACCUUUUUUGAUCAGAACAUCCUCCCAAAGCCCGAGAAGUAUACAAGCGCACAAAUUCAAGGUGCAUGGCAUUCGAGUAGAAUGAUGGCAGAAAAUGAGAGUCAAGAGCUUGUAGCAGAAUGGAACAAAGAGAUCGAUGGUCUCUUGACAUUCAUCGGUUUGUUCUCGGCCGCGCUCACCGCUUUCAAUACCAUCUCUUUUGCCUUCAUUCAGCCGCAGACGAACAGUACAUCAAAUGCUACGGUUCUACAGGCGAUUUUGCAACUAAGAAGUGUCAUCCUCGACUCGUCCCUCGCCAGCUCUUCACCGGUGAUCGACGCCGCUCUGCAGUCCCCCACGCACCCGCCGAGCUGGACCGUCUGGGUGAACGCCCUCUGGUUCACAAGUCUUACGUUCAGCUUAUCCUCGGCAACCAUGGCCAAGCAGUGGCUGAAGGAGCAUAGAAUCGGGGUGCGAGGGAGUUCCGCCGACAUCGCAAGACUACGCAUGUACCGGCUCAUGAACCUCCAGGCAUCGCAUAUCGCCAUCAUCGUCGCUCUCGUACCCCUACUCCUCAUCGCCGCCCUCGUGCUGUUUUUCGCAGGCCUCCUCAUCCUCCUCUUUCAUGCAAACAAGGCCGUCUUCUCAGUAACCUUCGUAUUCGUGGGCAUCCUGCUGCUCUUCGUCAUCGGCACAACCGUCCUUCCCAUCAUCGACUCUACGCGCUGCUACUUCUCCCCUCAAGCUCAGAUUGUC